AAAGUGGUAUGUUCUCUGAAGCAAAUCUAUUAGCAGAUUGCACUCUUAGCAGGUAGAGUUUCCAGCCAUGGCUAGCUCGCAAAGCUUGUGUUCUGUGCUAAUAUUGUCUGUCUUCCUUCAUACUGCAAUUGGAGCUAGUGAUGACCCCACCCUGGAUGUCAAUCCUAAUGCUCCAAAAACCAGAGGAAACAGAUUUGCUCUGGCCUUCAUGCAGAAUCACGCACGAACUGCAGGAGUCACUCAACAGCAAAUUGGUCUUUUCAUCACCACUGAACAGGAGAGCUCACGUUUCACCCUAGAGACACGAUGGCCGGGAGUGAGUGGAGCAGGAUUCACUGAGACCUCUCCUGGAUCUGGGCUAUGGUCUCGCACGGAAAUCGCUCGACGAGGAGACUUCACUUUUAUUAAUCUGCCGGCAGGAACGAAUGGCCAACCAGACAUAGCCGUGCAAAACAAUGGAGAAACCGAUGAAGCUGAAAGACAAAAAGGAUUGUUUAUAACAGCAGAAAAUGCAAACGAUGAGCUCACUAUAUAUGUGCUUAGUGAUGAAUUGGUCUCCACAGAUGCGUACAUGGCUAUCAACUGUGUUGAGUUUCCAGGUGCGACAGAUUACAAGUACUUCAUCUUUUCAUCUGAUGUAUUUGGAGGAGAACGAUUUGAGAGUCGAUUUCUCUUUACUCCUUGUCAAGAUGAUACUACUGUCAGUGUACAAGCCUCCCAAACUCAAACCCAUCCCGCUUGGGUGCUACCAAGUUCUGGCAACCCAAGUGCUCGAGUCGAAGCAAUGUAUGGGAGGGCUUUCAAUCGUUUUGACACUGUGAUGAUUAGCAAUCUUGACGAUCUUACCGGCUCUAUCAUCACUUCUGACAAGCCAUUGGCUGUAUUUUCUGGACAUCAAUGUGGAACUCCUACUGAUGAUGGAACUUGCGACUAUCUUGUAGAACAAUUGCCACCUCAUCCAACAUAUGGUGACCUGUUUUUCAUGGCUCCCUUUGCUGUCAGACAAAGCGGUGAACUGUACAGAAUUGGCUCCCUUGGGGCUGGAGCACAAGUAACAAUCAAUUGUGAGUGUUUACCAAGUUCUGCUGAUGGGAAUAAUCGAGUUGGACUGGUUAGUGCUGGAAAUGGUGUUUACACGGCCACAGUGGGUGCAGGACAAUACGCUGAGUGCCAGACACCUCAGAAUUCUCAGACCUAUUGUUGUGUUACGUCCUCUCAACCCGUUACUAUGGCUGCUUACACACUUGGAAACUUGAUUGACAACCUUCAAAACAUUCAGGAUCCACCACUUCCUUUUAAUCCGAUUGGAGAUCCAGCUCUCGUUUAUAUACCACCAGCUACCUCCUAUUUGAAUAGUUAUAGUCUCAGUACAGCCAAAAAUUUGACUACUCAGUUUCAGGGAUUUAUAAGCUACAUCUUGCCCACUCGCAUCUUUGAUAAUUCCCCACAAGAUCGGCAGAGGUUUCGUGUAAAUGGAGAAACAUACAUUCCCGACCAAUACGAAGCUAUCAACUGUUUAGUAGGUGGUUCAAAUGAGGUGUGUGCUUACGGAGCUACCAGAUUUUUGGGUGUUGGUAAUUUUGACCUUUCUUACGACAACAUUGAAGGUGGAGCAUUCUGGGGAUUUACAUAUGGCUACGCUCGAGAGGUUUCAUUUGCUUAUCCUUUGGCUUUUGAAAUGGAGCCAGUUGGAUUGGCCUGGAUUCGAGCAGUGGAUCUAGUUGUACUGGAAACUGUUGGAACGGUUGAUCUCAUGUUUAGUAUCACCCGUGGUGAUCAGUCAGGGCGUAGUAGAGCAUUUGCUGACACUCAAGACCUCUCAGCCAUAGAAGGUUCUGAUUAUAAUGAUCCUCAGCCACAAAAUAAUGGUGGGCCCACUCAAAAUGGCAACCUGCGAUGGAGAGCUGGUGACACAUUACCUCGUGUUCCAUACGUAGUCACUAUUUUGGAUGAUGACACUCCAGAGCCAGUGGAAGUGGUGGAGGUGAUUGUGCAGUGUGUUGCAGGAGAGAACUGCUACCUGCCCAGAACUCGGUACACCAUAACCAUUAUUGAUGAUCAAGGUGCCUGUCUUGACCUACCUCCUUUCUCUGGUGGUUCCAUCUCAUACGACUUUGAGUUUUUCUCAGAGAUUAAUGGUCGACCAUACGGAACAGUUGCCACGUACAUGUGUGAUACUGGAAGUAUAACGGGAGAACCUACAAGGACUUGUGAGAAUGGAGUGUGGUCAGGAACUGAACCAAGCUGCGGGGCGGCAAAUCCGGUUGUGAUUAUGUUCAGUAGGGCCACGUUCUCCUUUGGUGAGAGUGAUGGACAAGGCUUCGUGGAGAUAGUGGCAAACAUGGCUCCCACUCAAGGCCUUGACUUCAUAGUCACCGGAGGCCCCAGCACUCAAGACUUUGUGGUUGUGUCGGCAGCUGGUCUUUCUGGUCGGUUCACACUCUCUGCCGGGCAGACGUCCGUCCGAGUGCCGUUCAACAUCAAUAAUGAUGAGGUUGGUCUGGAGGAUCUGGAGAUGUAUUUGGCAUUUCUCUCCCUCACCUCUGAGGCUAUGGCCGCUGGACACUCUUUGGGAGCUCUAACUCAAGCCACCGUGUCAGUCACGGACGAUGAUGCUGUUGAUGUGAGUGUGGGUCAGACAGCGUACAGUGUUCAAGAAUCUGACGGCUCAGUCACUCUCUCCUAUGUACUCAACCGAGAGGCUGUCAGAGACGUGUCAUUUGAUGUCAUCAACACUGACGGAACAGCCACUGGUGGUGGUAUCGAUUAUGUCUCUGCUGGCUACUCUCUGAACAUUCCUGCUGGUCAAACUGGUGUGACCAGAAGUGUUACCAUAACAAUGGACAAUCUAGGAUUUGAAGGAGACGAGAACUUUGUCAACACUAUAUCCACCAUCAGCACUGUUGGUGUGGGGGCGGGUGAACCUGAUGCCACGGUUACCAUUCAAGACUCAGAUGCUAUUCAGAUUAUGUUUAGCAUGGCGAUAUUCUCGUUUGCUGAGAAUGUUGAGGGUGGUCAAGGCUUUGUGGAUAUCGUGAGCAACAUACCAGCUGCACAAAGCUUCACAUUCAACGUUAAUGGAGGCCCCAGCACUCAAGACUUUGUGGUUGUGUCAGCAGCUGGUCUUCCUGGUCAGGUGACAUUCCCUGCUGGCCAGAUGUCCGUCCGAGUGCCGUUCAGCAUCAAUAACGACGAGGUUGGUCUGGAGGAUCUGGAGAACUAUUUGGCAUCUCUCUCCCUCACUUCUGAGGCUAUUGCCGGUGGAGUAUCUCUGGGAGCCAUCUCUCAAGCUGAUGUGCAAGUGGUGGAUGAUGACGAGGUCAGUGUGAGUGUGGGUCAGACAACAUACAGUGCUCAAGAAUCUGACGGCUCAGUCACUCUCUCUUAUGUGCUCAACCGAGAGGCUGUCAGAGACGUGUCAUUUGAUGUCAUCAACACUGAUGGAACAGCCACUGGUGGUGGUAUCGAUUACAACUCUGCUGGCUACUCUCUGAACAUUCCAGCCGGUCAAACUAGUGUGUCCAGAACCGUUUCCAUAACAAUGGAUGGCGUAGCAGGAGAGACACCCCCUGAAACCUUCAGUAAUUCUAUCAGUUCGAUCAACACAGAUAGUGUAGUCGCUGGUCCAGCCGAGGCUACUGUCCAGAUCCUGGAUUCAGAUGAACCAGUUGCGGUGUCAUUCGGAGAAAUUGAAUACAACUUUGUUGAGAACGAGGUUACAGGCACUAUUCGAGUGGUGACCUCAAGACCCUCUCCUGUUGACUUCUCAUUUACUGUUACUGCACCUCUCAGUGAUACCCAGUUCAUAGCCCCAUCUGGUGGAUCCAUUGAUCGCACUGCGACCUUUCCAGCCGGUACCAGUUCGUUUGACAUCACAUUUCCCAUUAAUGAUGAUGUUGUUGCCCUUGAGGCGGUGGAGGAACUAAUUGCCACGCUGAGCCUUAACAAUGUACCCACUGGAGUGGAACUCGGCACGCCCAGUGUGACUGUUAUCAGGAUACAAGAUAAUGAUGAAUUUUCUGUUGGUUUUGUCAAUGACCAAGUUCCUGUUUCUGAAAGCGAUGGUAGUGUUACCCUCAACAUUGUGAGCACUCCAGCAGCUCGUCCGGUGGAAAUCACUGUUAUCACUCAAGAUAUUAUUGGCGGAGUAAGACCAGCAACGGCUGAUGUUGACUACAACAUUACUAUGGCGGAGAUAACCAUCCCAGCGUUUACUACAUCCACUGACUUCACCGUGGGGAUUAUCACUGAUAACGUUGUUGAAGGUGAUGAAGUCUUCCGAGCUGUAAUAGUUGGAGCUGCAGCUGACGAGGAACCAUUGCCCGUUAGCCAGCCCCAGAGUGAGGUCACUAUUGUAGACGAUGAUGUGGUGAGUGUCAGCUUCACCAUGGCAACCUUCUCUUUUGACGAGGGAUCUGGAACUGGCUCUGUAACUAUUGUCAAGAAUGGUGUCACCAACUUCCCGUUCGAUAUCAGAGUAACUGGAGGUCCCAGUACACAGACUGGCAUCAUGGUGAAUGCAGGUGGUAUUGAUAGCACUAUCACAUUCCCUGCCGAUCAGCAAAUGAUCACAAUCAACUUUCCUAUUGGUGAUGAUGAUUUAGGACUUGAAGUGUUGGAGCGAUACAUUGCCAACUUGGAGAUCAUUGGUUCUACCAGUGGAGUCAUUCCCGGGACGAUCACUUCCGCUGAGGUGCAAGUGAGAGAUGACGAUGAGGUGUCAGUUGGAUUCAAUGUUGACUCAGUGACAGUGGAAGAAAGUGAUGGAAUGUUUAGAAUGUGUGUGAGUUUGAACAGACCUGCCGCUGAGAAUAUCAUUGUCUCCUUGGGAACACAAGACGGCUCUGCUAUAGAUGGACAAGAUUACACCUCCUCCUCCAUUCCCUCUGAGCUACUGAUAGCAGCUGGUGAGACGGAGGCAUGCUUCACGGGUGACGUAAUCGAGGAUGGAACACCAGGCGAGGGUACAGAGUCCUUCACCAUAGUUAUCACCGGAGUGGAUCAAUCUGGAGUAACCAUCUCUAGGGAAACAACUCAAGUUAUUAUACAGGACAGCGAUGAUGGUUCUUGCGAUGCACUACCUGGUAUUGAUAAUGGAGUGAUAUCGUACAAUAUUGACAAACUGGAUAACUUCCCUGAUGGCACUGUGGCCACCUACACCUGCAACAGUGGUUACAUACUGAUAAACGGAGACUCAAUGAGAACCUGUGAUGUACAAGUAGGCUCUGGCCUCGGAAGCUUUGGUGGAAUUGAACCAGAGUGUAUCCCUGUUUGCGAUGAGCUUGGUAUGAUAGCCAAUGGAGUGAUUGUCUACACUGGUGACAUGACUGCUCCUCACGAUGUUGGAACUGUGGCCACCUACAGCUGUAACCCAGGUUAUGAGCUAGUGAUAAAUCCAGGCUCUGAGAUGAGGUCUUGUGAGGAUGCUGGUGAUGGUAGCGGCGGUAGAUUCAGUGGACAAGCUCCAACUUGCGAACCUGUUUGCAAUAUGCUUCCAAUGAUAACCAAUGGAGUGAUUGUCUACAAUAUUGACAUGACUGCUCCUUACGACGUUGGAACUGUGGCCACCUAUAGCUGUGACCCAGGUUAUGAGCUAGUGAUAAAUCCAGGCUCUGAGAUGAGGUCUUGUGAGGAUGCUGGUGAUGGUAGCGGCGGUAGAUUCAGUGGACAAGCUCCAACUUGCGAACCUGUUUGCGAUAUGCUUCCAAUGAUAACCAAUGGAGUGAUUGUCUACAAUAUUGACAUGACUGCUCCUUACGACGUUGGAACUGUGGCCACCUAUAGCUGUGACCCAGGUUAUGAGCUAGUGAUAAAUCCAGGCUCUGAGAUGAGGUCUUGUGAGGAUGCUGGUGAUGGUAGCGGCGGUAGAUUCAGUGGACAAGCUCCAACUUGCGAACCUGUUUGCGAUAUGCUUCCAAUGAUAACCAAUGGAGUGAUUGUCUACAAUAUUGACAUGACUGCUCCUUACGACGUUGGAACUGUGGCCACCUAUAGCUGUGACCCAGGUUAUGAGCUCGCAAUAAAUCCUGGCUCUGAGAUGAGGUCUUGUGAGGAUGCUGGUGAUGGUAGCGGUGGUAGAUUCAGUGGACAAGCUCCAACUUGCGAACCACAAUGCCCCCCUCUGCCAGAGAUAGCCAAUGGAAUGAUCACUUAUCUUCCUGAUAACACUCCUGAUUACGACGUCGGAACUACGGCCAUUUACAUUUGUGAAGAUGGAUUUACUCUCAGUGGAGAUGUAACUAGAGAUUGUCAAUCUGACAGAACAUUCUCUGGCAUGGAACCUGUAUGCUCUAGGAUUCCUGUGUGCGCUGACUUGCCUGCCAUCGACAAUGGAGUAAUUUCUUACAGUUCUGCUGACAUGCCACGGCCGAUAGGGACAGUCGCCUCAUACGCUUGCAAUGAUGGCUUUAACCUCGACGGCCCAGACAGCAGAACUUGUGUGGAGAAUGCUGGCUCAGGAAUGUUCGAUAUGACAGCACCAACUUGCAUUCAAAUCACCUGUGAUGAUCUACCAGCUUUGGACAAUGCAGUCAUUAGCUACAGCAGUUCCAUCUCCCCUCGACCGGUAAACACUGUAGCCACUUAUGAAUGUGUGGAUGGGUAUACUUUGGAGGGUUCCGUCACAAGGACUUGUCAGGAAGAUGAGAUGUUUGAUGGAGAGGAACCUCGCUGUGUCUUGACACCUGUUUGCGUUGAGCUGGAGCCCCUUGUGAAUGGAGGCAUUGAUUACGGUGGUAGAAAUGAACCCUUCUCAGUGGGUACUGUGGCCACUUACUUCUGUAACACUGGCUACGCUCUUGUUGACGGACCUGAUAGCAAAACUUGUGUGGAAUCAGACGAGGGAACUGGAGUAUUUGACCCACCACAAACACCAACCUGCGACCCUGAAUGUGAUCAGAUCUUUGUUCCACCGAAUGCGAUUGUGACCUACAACACUGAUCCUGUCCCACCAUUUCCUGCUGGAGCUUUAGCUAUGUUUGAAUGUGUCGAAGGGUUUAGUCCAGUAACUACUAGCCCUGGACAACCCACUACAUUCCCACUACCCGGUGAGCUGAUCUUGCUCGAGUGUGGGGAGAUAAUAGAAGGAGAGGGCGGAGAGUUUGUGAGGAACGGAACAUCAUCCCAAAUUGAACUCAACUGCACACGUGAUUGUGAAGAACUCCCAGCUAUACUCUAUGGGAUGAUCUCGUACUCUCCUGACAUGACGGCUAACUACUCUGCUGGAACAGUGGCCACUUACACAUGUAACGAUGGAUUUGAACUGGUACCAGGAGUGGGCAACUCAAUGAGGACUUGCCUACCACUGGAACAGAUGCCGGGUGAUGAUCUUAGGUCAGAAUUUGAUGGAGAGGAACCAAGAUGUGUUCCCGUAUGCAUGGAGCUUGUGACGAUACCCAAUGGAAUGAUCUCGUACUCUCCUGACAUGACUGCUCCAUAUUCUGUGGACACUGUGGCCACUUACACUUGUAACGAUGGUUUCCAAUUCGUGGCUGGAGUGGGUGAUCAGAUGAGAACUUGCACAGAAGUGGUAGAGAGUGAAAGUACAGUAGUUUCAGGGGCAGAAUUCAGUGGCUUGGCUCCAAGCUGUCAACGCAUUCCCACUGACAUGACAAUCUGCACCAUAGCUGACCCGUUGAUGGUGUCUCCGUUCACACGUUCCACCAGCUACACAUUCAUGGGUACGUGUGAACACGCCCUCCUCCAGUCAUGUGACGACAGCGUGGACUUCAUGGUCCGCACUGACUUCCUCACAGACAGUAUGGAUAACGGAGCUGUCGGAGUUUUCUUUAAUGAAGCUUGGUGGAUCAGUCGAGAGGACGGUAGUUACGAGAGCUCUGAAGCAGCAUCGUCGGUAUCCGGGGUACCUGGUCGUGAAACAACAGUGUAUGCAGACUCCAAUGUUGAGGUAGAGAGAGGUGACAAUUACACUGAGAUCAGAGUGGGUGGAGGAAUCGGAGUCAACGUCCGACACAAUUAUGGUGACCCUUCUUCAAUAAUUGUGACUGUGGUUACUGGUAGCUCACUGGGGGAGACGUGUGGAUUGUGCGGAACUCAGACUGGAGACCUGAGGCGUAGCGACGGAACCAUCGCUGACAUCACUGACAGGGCACAAGUGGAGGCCUUCACAAUGGACUACCUCACUCCUGCCGAUCAGCAAGCCCUCCGUCCAAUCAGAAGAGAGUGCAGCAUGAUUCGCAAUGACACCAUCAUUGGAGAUCCUCUGUACUCCGCCUCUCUCACUAAAUUGAACGGUGGACCCGACAAUCUCUGUUACGAGGUCCGAGGGAGUGAUAGUCAAAACUAUAAUCUGAUCUCUGACGAGUGUGUGAGUGUAAACGCCCUCUAUCAAGCUAUGGACAUUCCUGAAUUUGGCAACAUUAUGGGAACUAUUGGUGUACGGGCAGCUACUAAUGAUCAACGAUGCUACAAUAUUCGUGUUGAGAGAGAAGGUUGUAGAGCGUUGGUAUCAGGUGGUGUGGCAGAGCCAGCUGUGAUCGAGUCUACCUUUGCAAGCGGAGGUAUCUCUGUUCGUAGGUAUCCCAACAGGGUUCGAAUUUCUACCCCUAACUGCGACCAGGUGACACUUGUUAUGUGGGUGCGUUGUGUGACUAGAGAGGGUCAGGACAUGCUCGACUUUGCUGUGUCUCGUGGAGCUAACCUCCGACCAACUUCUCACGGCUUGUUGGGUCAAUUCUGGAACAUUCCCGUGAUUUCCUCCAACAUUACCGGCGGCCCCUUCUACAUAGUGACCGUUAACCCAGACGACUCUUUUGCUAGAUCGUUCACGGCAGAGGUUUUGUCUCGUACUUGGGACAAGAGACGAGAGUCGUGUCUCUAUGCUGGCAACUCCCAGGGUGGUGCAUACAACGAGCUUCAAGACUCCUCCUUCCCAGCAGACAGUGUUAUCCAGGGCAGGUUCAGCGAUUAUCAAACAACUGGGCUCUAUGCUACAGUUUGGACAUACUAUAAAUUCUCGCCGUCCGCGUGCCCAAUUAAUUAACUAAUUCAAAAACUCAAAACAUUUGAACAGCUAUAGCUAGCACUGGAUUGCUUAGAGCAAACGUUAUGUUUUUGUAGACCAGCUUAUUUUUACAAUUUGUAGUGAUUUGAUAUGUUUUCUACAAUUAUAAACUUUCUAUGUGUAUAAUAUACAAUAAUAAUUAUUGUUUAUAAUGAUAAUUAUGUGCAACUUU